UUGAGAAGUACAUGGUGGAAGCAAAGUACAAAUGGCGCAGAACGUAGUGAAAAAGGCUGCCAGUUUGGAGGGACGGUAAUUGGUUGGGUGUGCAAUGGCACUAGUAAGAUAUAUGAUGGCCGCGCCUGGAAGAUUCCAUCAGGACUUUUCUUCAUUAUACCUAGCAUCAUUAUAUCUCCCAAUUGGUUUAUUCCAGAGUUUGGAAGCUUUUCCUGGUCUUCUACAACAGACGAGAUCGAGGAAGACUUCUCAUUACUACAGAAAGGGCUGGAAGAGGAACCGGAACAAGGUCAUUUCAAAGAGCUAUUUUCGAACGCCAACCGAAAACGAACAGCAAUCGUUCAAGCGACUGGGCAGGCAUUCACUUCACAAUAUGGAACUUUAUACGUCAAGCCUCUGCAAACGAUCAACAGGUUUAACUUCAACGUGAUCAUGGUUUCAUCGGACUCUCCUCAUUGCACUCAAGACAGCACGUUGAUUCAUGCUAAUCUAGAUAGGCCUUUACUUUUGAUCGGUGCGGCAGUCCAAAUGGCAGCUCUCAUGGCUAUGGGAGCGCUUGGGGUACAUACUCCAAACUAUACUGAAAAGUCAACCAUUGUCGCGAUGUCGUCCUUGUUUAUGAUUGAAUUUAACAUAGGCUGGGCUGAUUUGACAUACGUCAUGACCACUGAGAUUCCAGCACUAAGAUUGCGAGAUAACUCACAGCGCAUUGCAUCUGUUGCAAAUAUGCUAACGUUCUUUGUGGUUGCGUCUAGUAUGCCAUGUCUCAUGGAUUCUGACUAUGCCAACCUACAUUCAAAGGUUGGUUUUAUUUAUGGGAGUAUUUCGGUAGCCUCGGUUGUUUUUGUGUACUUUCGCGUGCCGGAAUGUCAUGGAAGGUAA